AUGAAAUUCUUCUACAAAUCGGAGGAUGAAGAUUUAAAAUUUAUUUGUUCUAUUAUAAACAAGAGUAUAUUAAUGGAAUUAGCUAAUGAAACUUAUUUAGUUAAAGAUAACAUUAAAUAUGAAGGAGAUGAUUUAGUUAUAUUUUUAUUUGAAUGUGUUAAUAUUAAAGCAGAUAAAACGCUGAUUAAUAAGUUUAUUUCAUUUAGAAAAUCACCCUCUAAAUCAAACACUAAUAAUAUUUUAUUAAACGGUGUUAAUUAUAUCAAUUUAAUAAGAUUGAUGUUAAAAAAUGGUUCAUUUAAAGAUUUUGAAUUUAUUAGUGAUAUGGCAGAUAAAUACAAAUUUAGAGAUAUUGUUGAUCCUGAUUUCAUUAUAAUGGGAUUGAGAGGAGGUUUUAUUAAAGACAUUAUUGAGGUUGAAAAUAGUGAUGCAUUAUACAAAGAAACUGUUAAAUUUUCUGAUAAUUAUGAAUGUACAAUUUGUUCUGGUUUACAAAAGAAAUUUGAUAAGAAAGAUUUAAUUGAAAAUCAUUUUUUAUUUUUCUUUAAUCUUAAACCUGUUAAAUUUAUAGGAAUUGAAAGCUGUGGAAUGAUUUGCUGUGGAAGUAAUGAAAAUAAUUUAGAAUUAAUUAAUUGUAGUGACAAUGACUAUUUAAAAUUAGACGGACACUUGGAUAUUUUUAAUUCAAUAAAGACCGGUAAGUUUGAUGCUAAAAAGAAAAAUUUGAUCAAAUCAAUACAAAAUUUCCAUAUUAGUAAUCAUACACUUUUUUUUAAAAAUAAAAAAUGUUCUAUUAACAAUCAACAUGUUAAAUUUAAAAUGGAAACUGGAAAACUUAGUUAA